GUCACAUGCGCUGAUAGUUAGGGACCAGUAAAUCAUUGGAUCGGAGUCUACUGAAUUGGUUGCGUUGUACAGACAGCGAGCGUUCAAGUGAGAAUCAGGAGGAAACAACCCCGUAAUGGUUCAUUGCUAUGCCAUUGGAAUCGAUAAUUGACACUUGCAGACAAAACAUAACUGUUUUGUGUACUUUUCUUUUCUUCUGGAGACUCAAAAUACUUUUUCUGGGGUCUUUCAACAUUGACAAGAUGUAGCCACUACCGAAAAGAUACACAAUGGCUCGCUUCGCAGAAGGUCUACCCACCCGCUUUGGAGCUGGAGCAGGUGGAGGAGGCAGAGGUGCGCCCGGCGCAGGCAGAGGUGGCGCCCGGGCUGGUGGUCCUCCAGGCGGCCAAAGGAUGUACAAGCAGUCGAUGGCUCAGAGAGCCAGGACAAUGGCCAUAUACAACCCUAACCCUGUCAAACAGAACUGCUUCACUGUCAACCGAUCCUUGUUCAUCUUUCGAGAGGACAAUAUCAUUAGGAAGUAUGCUAAGCGAAUAACCGAAUGGCCAUAUCCUUUCCUACCCAAAACCAGGUUACACAUUGGUAUUUGUAUAACGCACAUAUCCUUAUUUGACAAACACGCAUUGGAAGAUUUUCAUUAAGAAACAUGACACAGGGAGUGAAGCGCUUUUAUUUUAUUUCAAUAUGUCUGAUUUUACUGAACAUGACAAAUGUAUGCCCUUUGUCACCAUUUCGAAGCUCAUCUGUAAGUGUACUCAAUCGAUUAUUACAUUAUAGGAAGUAAGCCUAUUCUGGUGUAAAUUAUUAGUUCAUUAAACCUUUUGCUUAACCUCUGGUACACCUGUCACUCAGUGUUCUGCCUGAUUGGACACGAGAAAGGAUUUUCAUCCAAUAAUAGUGUUAGCAUAUACAGUUUAAUGACUUGGCAAAAUGUCCUAUGUACCGUGUACACACUCACGAAUUAUGCACAACUGCUUUUUACUUCAAACAUAUUUGGUUGUGAUUCGCAAUUGCCAACUACAUAUUCGCUAGAUUCAGUUUUCAGUUACAAUUGUAAAUGAGCGAGUUUAAUCUUUGCAAUGUGUAUGUAUGUUUUUAGAUAUCUCAGCGCUUGCUUCUCUUGGAUUAUAAGGGUUCGUUUUUUAAGGCACCCGUCUCGUUUGCACAUUGCCUGUUUGUUAGCAGUGUCAUUUCAACUGUUGCUGUUCACCGAUUUGUCCGUUUCCAUGGUAAGGUGAGCGCCCAGUGAGUUGGAGACCGCUGGCUCUGAUGUUGUAAAACGCCUCGCCUAAAGGGCAGAUUCCACCAUUAAUUUUUCGUAUUUGUCCACUCAGUCGAGUAAGGCUCGUUAUGGCCUGUUUGCAAGGGCAAAGUGCAGUGUUAGGCUUCUGGCGGGCCCUGGGCACACGAUUCAACCAUAGAAAACGGAUUGAAAUGGUAACCCAAGGAUAGCUCUACAGCCCAGGCUCUUAGCAACCCUGCAUGGGCAGAGUAUGGUCUAUUGUUGUAGUGUGUGGGAUAAGCCUACCAUCUUUUAUUUCUGUCCAUGUGUAGCCAUGCUGUGUGAAUUAGGAUAUCUAUUGGACUCCUGUUCAGUCAAUGUCAUUAAUUGGUUAACUGAGCUCAAUGAGUCAGUGACUUCCUAAAGCUGAAUAUAUGUUCUGCUCUGCUCAUCCAAAUAGAUCAAUCUGUUCUGUGGCACCUCAGGUGGGUGGUGGCAGUGAGACCGUUUUAGUGAUGCUCAUUGUACAUAAACACUGUUGAGGCAACUCUCCCCAUCCUUUACACAAUUUGGGUAUUUGCCUAUCUUUUUUAAAAUCUAGGUUAUUCUAUGUCAAUACAGAGAUAUUUACCGCUAUGGGUUAAGACUAAUAAACUUACAUGUCGGAGUUAGUGUUUCUUUUCUUUUACCGUGCAUGCAAUUCUUUGUCAUGGCUUGUGUUCCUUAACCUGCACACUCCGUUUGAGUACUUGAUCCUGGCCACCAUCAUCGCCAACUGCAUCGUACUGGCCCUGGAGCAGCACCUACCAGAAAAUGACAAGACCCCCAUGUCAGAACGUCUGGAUGACACAGAGCCCUACUUUAUUGGAAUAUUCUGUUUCGAGGCUGGCAUUAAGAUUAUUGCCUUGGGCUUUGCAUUUCACAAAGGCUCGUACCUCCGCAACGGCUGGAACGUAAUGGACUUUGUGGUCGUCCUCACUGGGAUCCUGGCCACGGUGGGCUCAGACUUUGACCUGAGGACUCUGCGAGCGGUGAGAGUACUGAGACCACUCAAACUGGUGUCUGGCAUCCCCAGUCUUCAGGUGGUUUUGAAGUCUAUCAUGAAGGCCAUGGUGCCUCUGCUCCAGAUAGGCAUGCUGCUCUUCUUCGCCAUACUCAUGUUUGCCAUCAUCGGAGUGGAGUUCUACAUGGGCAAGUUCCACUCCACCUGCUUCACUGUCGACACUGGUGAGCGAGCAGCAGCGUUCCCCUGUGGUACGGAGGCCCCAGCCAGGAUGUGUCCUAAUGGUACAGAGUGUACAGAGUACUGGAUCGGCCCCAACUACGGCAUCACCAACUUUGACAACAUCCUGUUUGCCGUGCUCACCGUCUUCCAGUGCAUCACCAUGGAGGGAUGGGUGGACAUCCUCUACAAUGCUAACGAUGCCUCGGGGAACACCUGGAACUGGCUCUACUUCAUCCCCCUGAUCAUCAUCGGAUCCUUCUUCAUGCUCAACUUGGUCCUGGGUGUCUUAUCAGGGGAGUUUGCCAAAGAAAGAGAGCGUGUGGAGAAGAGGCAGGACUUUCUAAAGCUGCGCAGACAGCAGCAGAUAGAGAGAGAGCUGACAGGAUACCUGGAGUGGAUAUGCAAGGCAGAGGAGGUGCUGCUGGAGGAGGAGGAUGAGAACGCGGAGGAAAAGUCCCCUCUGGACGGUGCGUGGUACAAGAGGAAACAUAACCUCCCAGUGUUGAAACGAGGCAAGGUAAAGAAGAGUAAGAAUGACCUGAUUGGUGCUGAGGAGGGAGAGGAUCACUUCACUGACAUGUCCUCUGUUGCCCCCCCAGGCUCUCCGUUUGGCCGAGCCAGCGUGAAGAGCAGUAAGCUGGAGAGCUCGUCCUACUUCCGCCGCAAGGAGAGGAGAAUGCGCUUCUUCAUCCGUCGCAUGGUCAAAGCCCAGAGCUUCUACUGGGUAGUACUAUGUCUGGUGGGCCUCAACACCCUGUGUGUGGCCAUCGUCCACUACGACCAGCCUGAGUGGCUCACCACUGCCCUCUACCUGGCAGAGUUUGUGUUCCUGGGUCUGUUCCUGUCUGAGAUGAGCCUGAAGAUGUAUGGCCUGGGAGCCAGGAACUACUUCCAUUCCUCUUUCAACUGCUUCGACUUUAGUGUGAUAAUAGGGAGUAUACUUGAGGUGGUGUGGUCUAUGAUCAAACCAGGGGCAUCCUAUGGCAUUAGUGUGCUGAGGGCUCUUCGUCUGCUCAGGUUAUUCAAAUUUACCAAGUACUGGAACUCCCUGAGGAACCUGGUAGUGUCUCUUCUCAACUCAAUGAAGUCCAUUAUCAGCUUGCUCUUCCUCCUCUUCCUCUUCAUCGUUGUCUUUGCCCUGCUGGGCAUGCAGCUUUUCGGAGGACAGUGA